GGAACAUUUUACCACCUAUCGGAAGCAGACGACGACGGCAGUUGCACCGAGGACGUGAGGUAUUAGCGGUACGACCAUUAUGUUAACAGAUGCUAUUAACCAGCAUGAUUCGGAGCAAUGGGACAAGCAGCAGCCUGUGUCUUUAACGGAGCAACGAUAUGUGCCACUGCCUGAGAAACAGAAGAUGCAGCUACCGGAGGAGAUGUCACUAGAACCUCCCAUUCAUUCAGAUCCCCAUCGAAUCACAUCACAAAGCAUUUCUUCCGUCUCCAAUUCCGGCGGACCUGCAAGAGGUAUUAUACAGAACGACACUACAUCUCUGACAGUUGAUGUUAAAAUGGAACCUGACAACGAUUUAAUUAAUUAUGAAGUUGAGCUCCUCAACAUGGACACAGUGUCGUAUAAAGAAGAUACCGGACCGAGCCCAGAACUCGAGUCGUCAGUAGCGCCAAAGCCAGAUAUAAUUGAUCCAGGUCCCGAAACUGAUCCACAGAAAACCAAACGUAAAAGACAGAAGCCAAAAGCAUCAACAUAUAGUGAGUCUUAUCUGGAGGAAACAGUUAACCACAUCAGAAACGGUACAUUGCUAGUGACUGCUGCUUCGAAGCUUACCGGCAUUCCGCGAGCCACCCUGCAGUAUCGGCUGAGUCCUGGGUUUAAAAAUAAGGGUACACCUGGACCACAUAAAAUAUUCUCGACGUAUGAAGAAAAUGAAAUAGCCAAGUGGAUCAAAGAUAUGGUACAAAAAGGAUUUCCCAUUACGAAGAGUCGCAUAGAAUACAAGGUUUCAAACUAUUUAAAGGCUCAUCCCAGAAAGACCCCGUUCAAAGACAAUAAGCCAGGGAAAUCAUGGUCCAAUUGUUUCAUCAAGCGCAACCCCGAUCUAAGUAUAGCGAAGCAUCUAAGCGUGAAAGUAACAGAGCAAGAUAUACGAAACUGGUUCGGCAGUGUUCUAAGCUAUCUGAAAGAUAAUCAGCUGGCAGAUAUUUUGAAAGACCCUACGCGGAUUUUAAACGCCUGCGAAGCGGGAUUUGCCUUACACCCUACCUCAAAAGGAGUAGUGGACAAGUUUCACAAGAAAAAUGUGUCGUUCAUUGAAACUACCAACGGAGACCAUAACAUGACAGUGAUGUUUACUUUUGUUGCUAAUGGAAGUUUUGUUCCGCCGGGCGUAGUCCUUCCCAUGAAGCGGUUGACUCAGGAUACCCAACAAUCAUUUCCUAGUGAUUGGGGGCUGGCAACGUCCGACAACGGGUGGAUAGAUGUGCGGAACUUUACGCUAUACAUAAUAAAAGUACUGUACCCAACACUUGUCAAACGAGGCACCCAAUUUCCGGUCCUAUAUUUCGUGGAUGGUCACAAAUCCGAAGUAGCAUUCGAGGCCGCUGAUAUGUGCAAACAAUACGGCAUCAUUUUGAUCGCAAUGUAUCCGAAUGCUGCACAAAUCUUCCAGCAAUCUAAUGUGGCCGCAUUCAAACCGCUUCAAACAACUUGGGUUAGGAUUGCUAGCAUUUGGCGAAUUGAUCACAAAGAGGAACGAAUGACGUUGGCCACAUUUGCGUCACUACUUGAAGAAGCAAUGGAUAAAUCAUUGAAAAUAUCAACAAUCACGAACGGAUUCACUAUUUGUGGAUUAUAUCCUUUCAAUUCAAACGCAAUAGAUUUCAAGGAAUAUUACAGAGUAUUUGGUGGAAACCCAGCGUCUAGUAUUGAAGGUAUUGCCUACACCUCAAAUAUUACAGAUGAUACAAAAGAGAUGCCAUGCGAUUCUGUUGGUACAAUGGGCAUUCGAGAUGAGUCAAAUGAUAGGCAAAUAGAAGUACCAGAAAACGUCUUGAAAACUGCGCUGAAGAUGUUGGGUCCAUCGAAAAUAAAUCUUUACCAAACAACUCAAGCAGAUGAUUUGUCUCACGAGGACAAAGUACUGUCCUAUGUCUAUAAAAACAUUCUGAUUUUGGGAGAAUACCCGACAAGCCUAGCUCCGCAUGACGAUACUAUAAGCCUAGAAUUUGAUGUGACGAUGGAUAUCAAGGCUGAAAAUGAUUCCGAAGAAUCCGCCGAUAUUAUUGUGAGAAACUGUGAUAAAACAACUGGCAAAGUAGCUGAGGGAACAUCCACAUCUGGGAAUUGCCAGCAGAAUGAAAUCAACUCGAACUAUGCAGGUGAAACCAGUAAUGGCGCAGUUUGUUUCGCUAAGGAACACAUUUGCAGUUUUCCAAGGAUAAAUAUCCAUUUCUGCCCGGUGGCAAACAAGACAAAGUAUCAUUCUUGCUUCCUGGAUUUAACUGGCAUGUACAUAGCGUAUCUCGACGCUUGCCGAAAAUCUUCCCAAGAACCAGUAUCUAGUAAGGUCUACAAUGAAAUAUUGCUUAAAGAACGAACCAAGGAUCCGCCGUUGCCAUCCAGGUGCGAUGACUGCCAACAUGUGGAAAAAAUCGAUCUCGGCGAACUCAGUUGUGCAUUUUUGAACAAAUGAAUGGACAGAGCGGAUAUUGUAACGGAUAAAUAUAAGUGAACAACUACU